GUAUUUGAUCCCCAAGCAAAACAUGAAUUAGUACUUGGUGGAGAAACCUUUGUUGGCAAGCACAGAGGUAAGAUGUUUCUUCCUCCAAACACGGAGAGUCGAGUUGAUGCCAAAGAGCUCAAUUUUGGUCUCAUCUGACCACAGCACUUUCUCCAAAUCCUUCUCUGAAUCAUUUAGAUGUUCAUUGGCAAACUUCAAACGGGCCUGUACAUGUGCCUUUUUGAGGAGGGGGACCUUGCGGGCGCUGCAUUUCAAUCCAUGGUGGCGUAUUGUGUUACCAAUGGUGACUGUGGUCCCAACUGCCUUGAGAUCAUUCACAAGCUCCUCCCGUGUAGUUCUGGGCUGAUCUCUCACUUUUCUCAUGAUCAUCCUUACCCCAUGAGGCGAAAUCUUGCACGGAGCUCCAGACCGAGGGCGAUUGGUGGUUAUUUUGUAUUUCUUCCAUUUGCGAAUAAUUGCUCCAACAGUUGUCUCCUUCUCACCAAGCUUCUUGCUGAUGGUCUUGUAGCCCAUUUCAGCCUUGUGAAGGUCUACAAUCUUGUCCCUGACAUCCUUUGACAGCUCUUUGGUCUUGCCCAUGGUGGUGGUGAGGUUUGAAUGGAAGACAGAGGUUCUGUGGACAGGUGUCUUUUAUACACAUUACGAGUUGUCGUUAGGAGCACUUUCUUAAAUUGACAGGACUAAUCUGUGUACCACAUGAGCACAUAACCAGUCUGUGGGAGCCAGAAUUAUUGAUAUAAUAAUUACUUGAUAUAAUAUUGAUAUAAUAAUUGAUAUAAUAAUUACUGAUGUGAGUGAUACUUUUUAUUGUACAUUUACCCUACCAGCAGUGAUAUAUAAGCAUGUAGAUCCUAAGCUACAGAGACUGCAUGAGAGAUAAAGAUACAGAAAGAGCAGUACAAAGGAAGGGAACGCAUUGCUGGUUGGCUAAUUUCCUGAUUAAUGUGUUUGCUUUCUUACUCAUACGCAGUGUGUACGCAGCCUCACCUAUCUCAAAAUCCUCUACAUUUCACAUUUCAUACUUGUCCAACCAUGGCGUGCAUACAUAUUUCACUUUGUCUGCUUCUACAUUUGCUCCAUUUUACAGCUCAUGGAGUGGACAUGGCAGAAAAGGACUCUUCAACUCCCCAGCUUAAUGCCAACGAACCCUAUGGGCCACAGAGUCUGACCAUUCUUGGUCCAGGUGCAGUGACUGUAGGAGUCCCAUGUAGCUAUAUAUGCAUUGCUGAUUGCUCACCUACAUGCAAUUACACAAUUGGUAUUGAUGACCAGACUGGAGAGGGCAAUGAAGUAGAUUUUACCCUAAGCCAGUGGGUGAAGUCCAAAAUAGUGACCUGCACUGCAAAAAAUCCUGUCACCGGAAACUCCUCCACAGCCAGGAAAACCCUGCGCAUUUUGGAGGGGCCAGUGGACGUUUUAAUCAGUGGACCACAGACUCUAACACCAGGUAAAACUCAGCGUUUUCUGUGCAGUGCGACCUGUAAACCCUCCUGCACUUACACCUGGGUUGUUGAUGGAGAUUCAGUUCCUGGGUCUGGGGAUGAGGUAGCAAUCACAGCACCUUUGGAGGCCACCUCAGGAACCAUCAUCUGCAAGGCCACGAACACUGUUUCAGGACUGUUUGUAACAGCGAUCCAAAAGCUAAAUGCUACAAAAAGCUAUCGGUCCACAGCUGAAAGAGUGGAGUUGCUGCCAACACUGGUGUUUGCAAGUGUUAUACAGUUUGGUAUAAUGUUUACAUUAUGACCGAGUCGAGUAUAUCAUUACUUAAGAAAAGAGAGUUGUGUUUCAUA